AUGACGUCCGUGGCUCGAAGACGUGAGCAGGAUGAUUCGGGUGAAUACUCGGAUGCCUCGCAAGAAAUCGAGCAAAAUAAUUCUGGAAACGAUGCUGCUCAACAAUCGGAUUAUGAUUCCCAAGGUAGUGAUGCUGAACAUUCUGACAGAGAUCCAGAAGCACAGGAAUCUGAGAAGCGUGUAGAUGAUGAUGAGGACCGCAGUAAUCCGCAGUACAUUCCUAAACGGGGCACAUUUUAUGAGCAUGAUGACCGAACAGCUGCCAGUGGUGAAGAAUCAAGCAACACGACAUCAGAAACAGCCUCCGAGAAGAAGGAAGGCUCUGAGCCGGCUGCUGAGAGACGCCGUGCGCCUCGCAAAUCCGAAACAGUAAAUAAAUGGUCUCACGACAAAUUUAAUGAAAAUGAACAGAUGCCAAAAUCGAGGGAUGAGCUGGUAUCGAUAUAUGGAUAUGAUAUUCGCAAUGAGGACGCUCCGCCUCACGCAAGGCGUAAUAGACGUUAUGGACGCGGACCGAAUAAGUAUACCCGUACGUGGGAGGACGAGGAGGCAUACAAGAGGCAAGCGAUGCAGGCAGCCCAUAAGAAACCGCCCAGUCCGUCUGAUUUCCCUGAACUGAACGCUGUUAAUAAACCUGGACGAAAACCUCGUGUUCCAAGGCCGCGUUCAAAAUCUCAACCGGCCUCAAACGAUUCUUCAGAGAAUGGUUCCUUAAGACGAAACGCGUCCAUAAAGGCCAAAUCUAGACCCAAUCCUGUGGCCAAGGCUAACCCCUCAAACAAAGAGAAGAUGCCGCCGUUGGAGAACCUUACCAUAACCACUGUUAUUAAUAACAAUCAAAACAGUCAACCCUUACGUAAAGUGAAUGCGACUAUCGGACAGCAGGCGCCGGUGUCCACGGAUCUUGCUAAGAGGAAACCAGUCCCAACACAGAAUGCGCAAAGUAACGCCACAAAACAAUCGCAACAAAAACCGGCUCAAAACCAACAGGGGACAGGUGAGAAGUUUUAUUUUGUCGUAGAAACGCAGUUACGUAACGCGAAUGCUAACCAACAAGGGCACGGGCCAUCUCCGCCUCACCAGCCGGUACCCAAUCAACCGCUCGCUCAGCAGCAAGUUCGUCUGGGUCUUAUGGAGCAACAGCCGAUGGUGCCCCACGCCCAUCACGCCAUGCACAAUAUGCCGCAGCCACACAAUAUUGGUCAAAUACAAGCGCCACAAGCAUAUGCGCCCCCCGCUAUGAUGCCCGCACAGUACAUGCAGCAAAGCGGUAGCGGGGCGGUGUACGGCGGAGCGAUGUACCAGCCUCCGCAAUAUCCGCCUCAUCAAAUGUAUCCGCACCACAAUUAUCCAGCCCCAGCCGGCCUGACGUACUACACCUGUGCCGAGCAAGAGCAGCCGCCCAGACCCCAGAGGAGACCCACCGCAGCCAUUCCCAUCGUCAGGCCUGCUAUUCCCGAGAGGCCCCCGAACUCAGAGAAGGAUAACAUCGACCGUAUAGUGGAGAAUAUGUUUGUCAGAAAACCUUGGCCGGCCACUCACGAUGCGAAAGACAAGGAAAAGAGUCAAGAGCCUCAAAGUAAGGAUUCCUCUCAGCCGAACAGUUUGACUUCCAGCUCAAUAUCUACAGAUUCCAAAACGGAAGAGAAGAAAGAAAUAGUCCAAGAACCAAAAGAAAUAAUCCAAGAAUCAAAAGAAAUAAUCCAAGAAUCAAAAGAAAUAAUCCAAGAACCGAAAGUAAUCCAAGAAGUGCAGAAGGAGGUUAUCCCGACUGAUAGCCAGAAAGAGAGUCAAGAAGAGACGGAAAGAGAAACGGAGGCCUGA